AUGCUUCAAGGAAUCGAUGCCUUGCCAUCAGUACAGCAAGACGAUGAAAUAUUUCACAUCACAAUCAUCAAUUUGGAUGAGCGCUUGUAUGACCAGGCGUAUGAUGUUAUAACUAACCCUCCCACAUUCGAAAAAUUCAAAACUCUCAAGGAAACAAUUGUCGCAAAAUUUUCGUCAUCGUCCGUCGCACGUUUGGAGCAAUUGGUAUCAGGUAUUCAACUGGGGGAUAACAAACCCAGCCACAUGUUAACCCAGCUUCAACGCACAAAUGUGACCAGAGACCAACAAAUCAUCAAAGAUUUUUGGUUGCAACGUUUACCUACUGCUGCGCGAGCAGUCGUAGCUGGUGUCGCCAAGAGUAGUCCCAUGAUGUCUGUGGAAGAUCUUGCUCUUGUAGCUGACGAAAUUAAUGACAAUAUUAAAAAGAAUGAAGUGGUUGCUGUCGAUUUUCAGUCUACCUCUUCCAACAUCAGUGCCAUUCGAGACAACAGCAAAUCCUUAUCGGAGCGUAUUUCCAAGAUUGAGAACUCAAUUUCUCGUUUGGAAAACAGUUUUAAAAGAAAGUUCGCUAGCAAUCAAGCUCAAUCUUACACUCGUGGAAUAUCAAAUUCAUUCUCCAAAGAAGAUGAAUCCAAAGUUUGCUGGUAUCAUGCCAAAUUUGGAGGAAACGCAACUCGGUGCAAAACACCAUGCUCAUUUAGUUCAAAAAACUAA